AUCUAUGCUACAUCAUCUCAUUUAUUAAACUUAGUUUACAUUUUUAUGAAACCACACUGUAAAAAUAUACCAGGAUUGUACAGUAUUAUUCCACAGUAAAAUAUUGUAAUCAAAAUGUACUGUAACCUUACAAUAGGUUACUGUACAUUGUGUCGUUGUGGCUUGUGCAGCCCUUUGAGACACUUGUGAUUGAGGGCUAUAUAAAUAAACUUUGAUUGAUACUGUAAAAAUGCAAUAAAUACAAUGACAUUGUUUAUAGUGCAUGUAGCAUUGAUCACUGGGAAAUUAGUGCAACUUCCAAACUUUAAAAGCUUUUUACUAUGUGAAUGUACAUUUUAGUAUUUGGAUUAGAUUUUACGAAUGAGUUCUUAAUAUAUCUCACUAAAAAGUGGAUUUAGGGGGGAAAAAAAGUGAGAUACUAUUUAAUACUAAGGGUUAAAAUGUGAGCUGCCUGCUAAAGUCUAAGCUCACAGUGCAUGGGGAGGUAUAACAAUAGGCUUUCCUGGGCUCUAAAUGGGAUUGUUGUAAGUCCAUUCCAAGGAAAAAGAGACGAGUUCAUCAUCGUUAAAUCGAGCCGUAGAAGAGUUGACCCCCAGGCGACUUGAUUGAGUGAUGCUUUCAGGGGCUCUGCUGACACGGAUCCACCGAAAACUGCUCUCACGGGCUGUCGGUGGUACGUUUGAGAGGCGAAACAUGAUAAACAAAUCAACCUUCACCAAAAUCGAAGAAAACACCGAGAAGAAUUCAACAGAGAAAGGCAGAGCAACAAUUAUCUUUUCCCUCAAGAAUGAAGUGGGAGGACUCGUAAAGGCGCUUAAACUCUUCCAAGAAAACCAUGUCAACCUGGUGCAUAUUGAGUCCAGGAAAUCAAAAAGGCGCAACUCCGAGUUUGAAAUCUUUGUGGACUGCGACAGCAACCACGAACAACUCAAUGAAAUCAUCCAGCUGCUGCGAAAGCAUGUGAACGUGGUGGACAUGGAGCCUCCAGAUAACUCCUGUUUGCAGGAGGAAGAUAUGCAUAAUGUACUGUGGUUCCCAAAGAAAAUUUCCGACUUGGACAAAUGUGCUAAUCGUGUCCUGAUGUAUGGUUUGGAGUUGGAUGCUGAUCAUCCGGGCUUUAAGGACAAUGUCUACCGCAAAAGAAGAAAGUACUUUGCAGAUCUUGCUAUGUCCUACAAACAUGGCGAGCCAAUUCCUCGCAUAGAGUUCACUGAGGAGGAAGUGAAGACAUGGGGCGUUGUGUACAGGGAGCUCAACAAGUUGUACCCCAGACACGCCUGCAGGGAAUACCUAAAGAACCUGCCUCUGCUGUCUAAAUACUGUGAAUGUCGAGAAGACAACAUCCCUCAACUGGAAGAUGUCUCUCGCUUCCUCAAGGAACGCACCGGGUUUACCAUAAGGCCUGUGGCUGGUUACCUGUCUCCUCGUGACUUCCUGGCCGGUUUGGCCUUUCGUGUUUUCCACUGCACUCAGUAUGUGCGACACAGCUCAGACCCCUUGUACACCCCUGAGCCGGACACAUGCCAUGAGCUGCUUGGUCACGUCCCCCUGCUGGCAGAGCCCAGCUUUGCACAGUUUUCUCAGGAGAUCGGUCUGGCUUCACUUGGUGCUUCGGACGACUCUAUUCAGAAACUGGCCACAUGCUACUUCUUCACUGUGGAGUUUGGCCUAUGCAAACAGGAAGGACAACUACGAGCAUACGGGGCGGGACUGCUGUCAUCCAUCAGUGAGCUUAAGCAUGCACUCUCUGGUAAAGCAAGGAUAAUGCCCUUUGACCCCAAAGUAACAUCCAAACAAGAAUGCAUCAUUACAACCUUUCAGGAUGUUUACUUUGUGUCAGAUAGCUUUGAGGAGGCCAAAGUCAAAAUGAGGGAGUUUGCCAAGACCAUCAAGCGUCCCUUCACAGUGCGAUACAAUCCCUACACGCAGAGUGUGGACGUGCUUAAAGACACUCCGAGCAUCAACAGCGUGGUAGAGGAGCUCCGACAUGAGCUGGACAUUGUAGGCGAUGCUCUGAGCCGCCUCAACAAGCAGCUGGGGGUCUGAGCGGCCAAAGUCCACUUGCAGUCAGUCUGUGUGUCCUCCUCCAAACUGCUGUAUAGAUGCUGCUUGUGUAUCACCCGUUUGUCUUUUCAAUAAUUGUGCACAGGCAAAACCUGGUGUUUACCCCCUUUGCAUGGCACAUGGCUAAUACAGAUUGCUAUGAUAUCAGUGAACUGCACAAACCCAAAGAGCAUACUGUUUUCACUUAAUUGGCUUAUAUCCUGCAAACUGCCUGUGUGCUUGUGUACCAAAAAAAUCCCCUUUGCUGCUGUUGUAUAUGAUGACCUUACUUUUUUGUAUUUUUUCUUUUAAUAUCCAAUUUAAACUUCCACAUUUCAGUGAUUUACCGUUGUAUUGUUUGUGUGAAUAUAACUUGCUCCUUUC